AUGACAGUAAACUUGUUGACGGUUUUAAACCAUCAACUCUUCAAUGUUGGCUUCUUUUUCUUUACCCGCCAAAUGAUUAAGACUUUCCAUUGGGACAAUCCCGAGUAUGUUCCUUUAAUCCGUGCCAUCUACCUUGUAACUCAAGUGUGCAUCAUUGGCAUCGGUUAUUGGCUUAUUGCUGUAGUCCGCAAGAAGAAUGAUCAUACCGUACUCCGUUAUGUAGAAGCCAGUAACUCUGGUUGGGACGGCACUGGUGGUGAAGAUCAACUUGUAAAUACUACAAACCUUGAUUACGAUGUAGCUGAAAUCAAAAAGAAUAUCAAGCAAGCAUUCACGGGUAUUGCAAUCGUUGCAUUUUUACAUUUGCAGUUCCAUUAUGUCCAGCCUAUAAUUGUCCAAUCUGUUCUCGGCUUUAAGACCUUCUUGUUGACCAAAGAAGCUCGCAUUCAUGUUUGGGGAGAAAAAACUGUGGGUGAUCUCAGACGACCUUUCAGGAUUGAGUCUCCACUCGGCAUUUUCCCCGAAAAAAGGCAGCCAAAGGUUGACCAAGGUUCAAUUAAAAGAGCAGAAAAGGCAUUGAAGGGAAAAUAAUAGGAUGUCUGAACUUGGACCUUUUUUAUGAAUGGUUUACGAAGUACAUAUACACACACACGCAUAUUUAUAGAAAAUAUACAUUUAUUGAAGUUUCUGUUAAAAAAAAAUGAAUAUUCAACAAGGAAAAAUAAAUAAACAUCUAAUAAACUUU